GUAUAUUCAGAUGAGGAAGAACUUGGAUUGGAGCCUAGACUUCAAGAUACCCCCGAAGACAUUUUCUUUGAGGCAGCAGCAAAUACCAUUGACUUUCACCCCUCCCAGGACAUCAUAGCUGUUGGAGAUGUUGAUGGGGAUGUCUAUGUAUAUUCAUACUCCUGUUUGGAAGGUGGAAACAAAGAACUUUGGUCCUCAGGUCAUCAUUUAAAAUCCUGCCGGAAAAUAUCCUUUUCACAAGACGGACAAAAGCUUUUCACAGUAUCCAAGGAUAAAUCCAUUCAUAUCCUGAAUGUGGAGGAAGGCCGUCUUGUGACACGAUUCUUCAAGGGUCACAACUCGGCUUUGAACAGCCUGUUGGUGAUAGAUGAGCAUUUGUUUGCCACAGGAGAUGACAGUGGAGAGUUGAAAGUAUGGGACCUGCGCAAGGGCACAUCCAUCAUGGAAAUGAAACAGCAUGAGGACUACAUCAGUGAUAUGAUCCUAGAUAGAAACAAGAAGCUGCUUCUCACUACCAGUGGAGAUGGAACAAUGGGAGUCUUCAACAUUAGGAGAAGGCGCUUUGAGCUUCUCUCAGAACCUCAGAAUGGAGACUUAAUGGCUAUUUCUCUGAUGAAAAGGGGAAAGAAAGUAGCCUGUGGCUCCAGCGAAGGAACAAUUUACCUCUUCAAUUGGGAUGGUUUUGGUGCCACCAGUGACCGCUUUGCCCUGAAGGCAGAAUCCAUAGACUGCAUGGUUCCCAUAACUGACAGCAUUGUGUGCACCGGUUCCACCGAUGGAAUCAUUAGGGCAGUAAAUAUCUUGCCCAAUCGAGUGAUAGGAAGUGUCGGGCAGCAUAUGGGUGAGCCUAUUGAACAGCUGGCUAAGUGUCAUACCGGCCAAUUCCUGGCCAGUUGUGGCCAUGACCAAAAAGUGAAAUUCUGGGACAUCUCUUCACUUAGUUCAGUGAUAGUGGAUGAUUAUAGAAAAAAGAAGAAAAAUAGGCAACUGAAACCUUUAAGUCGGAAAGCAUUUGGCAAUGGGGAAGAUUUCUUUGCGGACUUGAAAGAGGUGGCAGCAGACCUGGAGAAAGAGGAGAAUGAUGGACUUUCUGAGAAUGAUAGUGACUAAAAGAGGCUCACUCCCCAGAAAGCACAUUUAUAAACAGAUGGCUUGGUUGCCAUAUUUUGGAGAAACUCAACUGUGCUGUGUUCUUCAUAUUUAAACUUAUACUCUUGUGGGCAAAGCCUUGGUUGCCUAAUAAAACCAGUGGUACAGAAUUGAGCGAAGAUUACAAGAAUUUUCCUAGCUCUCCUGUAACUCAGUGAGAAAUGGAAGAACAACAUGGUUGCCACAGAAAGGGGAAAGUGUAACGUCAUCAUAUGUGGAUAGUACAUUAAGAAAGAGAUUUUAUCAGCAGAAUUUUCCCUGAAAAGGCCGAAAGGCUGGUUCCUCCAUGGAUUGAUGCUUUUAUUUUGCCACCUAAAUAUUUAGGAAUCAGACUAUUGCUCCAUAUGACCGAACAAGUGGAUUCCAUUUCAUUGCUACAGUAGUGAAACAGGGAUGUCUCUUAAAUUCAGAAGAAAACUGAACAGGUUUAAAUAAUGGAUCUGGUUUUCAUAAUGGAACCUUUUUGGGUUUUUAAAUUAUUGCUUUUCUGGGGUUUACUGAAAGAAUAAAAAGAAUAGGAUAAUUAUACACAGUUAACACACACUAAUUUAAUGUAUUUAUGUACCACCUCAUAAUUACAAACUGGAGUACAGUCAAGUUAAAAUACAAAAUAUAAAUUUUGUUCAGUC